ACACGUGUCACCUCCCAUUUUCCGUCACUGAGUGACCCCCAAACCCCCAGCAGACUUCCAAACUCCAAAGUCCCAAACUUCCACAACAAUGCAUAAACGCCGUCGUUAAUGGCCUACUUCAGAUCACUCAAAACCCUAGCUUCUCAAUCCCGGAGAAAAAACUCCAGUUCCACUUCUUCCAGCGCUCUCUUCUCCCUCAGAAACUCAUCUCCUUCCCCAACUCCAGCUCCAGCUCCUUUUGGGCGACUAAUCAGCAGUCACAUUCGCCGGCAUUUUCUCUUCCGGUCGAGGUUUAUCUCGCCGGUGGGAGGCCCUAAAUUCCUGUACGAUCCUCCCUGGAGACUCUCUCAAUCGGUCACCCCGUUCCUCGUCCAGUCCGACGUCGUACCGAGCUCCCUCAAGCUCCCUGCUCUAAAUUUACUUCACCGGCUAGCCUUUCCUUACAAUCUCGGGUACGAUGCAAGGCUGCUGUUUCAGGGGAAUGGUAGAGAGGAGUUUACGAAACGGGAUGAUCUUGAUGGUGGUGUUGGCGGUGGCGGGAUCCGAGAAAGUUACUUGAAUAUUCCUAAUUUUAUUUCUUUCGCUCGAAUGCUGUCCGGUCCAGUGCUUGGAUGGAUGAUUGUCCAGGAGAUGUAUUCUUCUGCAUUUGUGGGACUUUUCAUUUCAGGAGCUACCGAUUGGUUGGAUGGUUACGUUGCUAGGAAAAUGGGAAUCAUUUCUGUAGUUGGAUCCUACCUUGAUCCCCUUGCAGACAAGGUUUUAAUUGGAUGUGUUGCUCUAGCAAUGGUGGAAAAGGAUCUUCUACAUCCUGGACUAGUUGCACUUGUGGUGAUGCGCGACGUUGCUCUUGUUGGUGGUGCGGUUUACAAAAGAGCUAGCAGUUUGAAUUGGAAGUGGAACAGCUGGCAUGACUUUUUCAACCUCAAUGGGGCUUAUGCACAAAAAGUUGAACCUCUCUUUAUAAGCAAGGUGAAUACAGUUUUCCAACUCGCUCUAGUAGCAGCAGCCCUGCUUCAGCCAGGAUUCGGAAAUGAAGAAACUCAGCUAUAUAUAAGUUGUUUGAGCUGGUUAGUGGCUUCUACUACGGUAGCUUCAACUGCAGCGUAUGGUGUGCAACACUUGAAAAAUAGAGCUGCAUUAAUGAAGACACCCAAAUCAAGAACUUGACCAAUCUCCCUUUACUUCAAGGGAAUGAAUUGGCUUCUUUUCUUUAUUCUUUUUUUUUUUUCGGUCGAAUAUGUUUUCAUCAGGAACAACAUUUUGUACUUCCGUGUUCCGAGUGAUUGCAUGUUGAGUUUUAACGAAAGUCAGAGAUUGUUCACCACUUGAUGAUGGAAAAUCUGUGACCGUCUCCUGGGUGAAAAUAAAUCUAAUGUUUAUCAUGCCAAAAUACAUGUAUUGUUUCCAUUCUGUCAUGAUUUAUCUUACUUCAAGGUAGUUGAAGUAAACAUCAAAGUAUCUUUGCGCAUGCGAUUUCAAAUGAUGGAAACGGUAAAUCCCAUUAAGGUGGAGUACACUAGAUUG